UAAUUGUGCGGCUGAUCAACCAUAAUGCGGUUGCGGCAUUGCUUGUACUUUGUGGCCCUUCUGGCGCUUGGGUCGCUGUCCCAGGCUCAUGACCACCAUCACCACCACCAUGAGGACUACUACGAUGUCUUGGGCGUCGGCAUGGACGCAUCCGAGGGCGACAUCAAGAAAGCGUAUCGAAAGCUGAGUCUCCAAUACCACCCGGACAAGAACAAGGGCAAUAGCGAUGCUGAAGCCAAGUUCCAAAGUAUCUCGCGGGCGUAUGAGAUCUUGACCAACCCCGAGCUCAAGGACAUUUACGAUUUCGAGGGCGAAGAAGGGCUGCAACGCCAUCAAAAUCAAGGCAACCGACCGUCCAGUCCAUUUGACCAAUUCUUUGGAGGCGGCGGGGGCCGUCAACGCGGCCCAGAUGCUGCAGUCGAAGUCCAAGUGACGUUGGAAGAACUGUACAACGGCGGGGAAAAGAGCGUGACCUUUAAACGAAAUGUCAUUUGUCGCAAAUGCAAAGGCACGGGGGCUAAGGAUGGAGUGACCAAGCCAUGCAAAACAUGUGGCGGCCAGGGCGUGGUACUCGUCAACCAGCAAAUGGGUCCAGGAUUUACGGUGCAGAUGCAACAGCAAUGUCCCAAAUGUGGCGGGCGGGGCAAAACGUUCAAGUCCAAAUGUCCACAUUGCCAUGGCCACAAGGUGGUUGAAGAGAUGAAAACCAUCACGGGGGUGAUCGAGCGCGGGAUGCCUUCGAAUCACGAGAUUGUAUUUGAACGCCAUGGCGAGCAGCAUCCAGGAGUCUUACCUGGCGACAUCAUCAUGCGCCUCGCGCAGCAGCCCCACCGCGUGUUCCGGUACUUUGCCGUUUGUCUUCUAGUAGCGUUUAUAUUGAGUGGGUUUGCAGCCGGGCGGGGGACGAUUUGCAUGCGCAAGUGCAAAUUUCACUGCAAGACGCGCUGCUGGGCUUUUCGUCGACGCUGGCCCACUUGGAUGGCCACAAAGUCGAGGUGGCCCAUGCCGGCGUGACCAAACCAUUUCAAGUGCGCCGUAUCGCAGAGGAAGGCAUGCCCCACCACCACGUGCCGUCGCAGCACGGGGACCUCUACGUCACGCACCACAUCCGGUUCCCCACCAAGCUCACGGACGCCCAAAGGGAACUUGUGACACGGUUGCUGCCGUAACUUGUACAAGCAAAGUGGUUUGAAAUGUCGUUGGGUAUUGAACUGGUAGUAGUCGAACGAACUCUCGCCAUGUUCGUGUAUCAAUCAGACAAUAAUAAUACACGAUCGUCAGCAUACAUACAUAUUCAUCAA